UAAUGUAUUCUAUGAUUUCUUCUUUCCAUGUUCUUUCCACAACUCAUACGUUAAGACACCAAGAAGCAAGAAAAGCAUCACAUAUUUGACAAAUUCAAAGUCCACCCUUCUUAACCAAGUCUCCAGAGCCACCUUUAUCAACUUAUAUUUCCCCUGCACCAUUUGUUUUCUAUCUCAAAAAAUAUAGCAAUGGACAGAGAACAAGAAGAAAUCCAGUUUCUUGGCUUCUUUGGCAUCUUGAAGGAAGCUGGAAAUAUCACAACUUCGUAUAGGAAGAUUUUCGGGCAAAUAACACUGUCGAUAAUCCUUCCUCUGUCCUUCAUUUUCUUGGCUCAAAUACAAAUAUCUGAAUUCUUGUUCGGAGAAAUCAUACACAAUGAGUAUGUUUUGGAUCAUACUCAAAUGGGGUCUCAGAGAUAUUCUAAGGUCUCAGAUAUGCUGUCGUCGGAGUGGACUGCAUUCUGGCUAUUCAAGAUAGCAUACUUCAUCUUUUUCCUCAUCCUUUCCCUGCUUUCGACAUCAGCAAUUGUUUAUACCAUUGCAUGCAUUUAUACUGCCAAAGAAAUUACCUACACUAAGGUCAUCAAAGUGGUUCCCAAAGUCUGGAAGAGACUUAUGGUCACUUUCAUCUGGAAUUUCAUCAUUGUUUUCGCGUAUAACAUUGUUACCCUACUUGUGUUCAUUCUGUGGGCUGUUACUUUAGGACCAAGUGUGAUUGGAAUCGUGGUUGUCAUCAUUCUUUUGCUCAUAUAUCUGUCAGGGUUCGUGUAUAUCAGCAUUAUAUGGCACUUGGCAAGCGUUAUCUCCGUGUUAGAAGAUGUGUAUGGAAUUCAAGCAAUGGUGAAGAGCAAGGGUUUGAUCAAGGGAAACACUGGAGUUUGUGCCGUGAUUUUUCUUAUACUUAACCUAUGUUUGCUUGGGAUUCAAGUAGGUUUUGAAGUAAGUGUUGUUGGGGGAGACUCUGUCUGGGGAAGACUAUGGUAUGCAUAUCUUUGGUUUAUGUUGCUGUCCGUAUUGCUACUUUUUGGACUUGUGAUCCAAACAAUCAUCUACUUCAUCUGCAAAUCUUAUCACCACGAAAACAUCGAUAAAUCAUCCCUGGCAGAUCAUCUGGAGGUAUACCGUGGAGACUACGUUCCAUUGACCUCCAAAGAUGUUCAACUAGAGCACUUUGAGGUUUAACUUAGGAUGUUAUUGAGAAUUUAUUAAUUUUUGUGCUCAUCUUUCCUAAUAGUACCAUUGUUUCUUCAGCUUGUAUAUGAAAAUUAUAAUAAUCCCAAGAGCUAAGUCUUUCUUGUGUAAAAUUUUACAGUUUAUUAAGGCAA